AAGUAUGGCGCCUCAGUACAUGAUUCAUUGCCAUAUCGAACGAAUGUGUUGAAUAUUAAAAAUUAACAAAUAAAAAAAAUUGAAAUAAGACGCCUUUAUGCGUUUUUAAUAUUACCUAUUAAAGCUAACUGAAUUUUAAUUAAAAAAAUAUUUUAUGCUAAUUUAAAAAAAAAAAAUGUCUUUUUUACGUUUUAAAAUAAUUAAGUGAUUAUAAUAACUAUUAUUAUUAGUUCUCGACAGUUAUUUAAAAAAAUAGUCUUUUAAAAUCAAGUUUUUUGUCAAAUAAAGUGUGAAUAGAAAAAUGUCUAGUGCAUUAGCCUUAUUGCAAGGCUUGGGCCAAAAGGUACGAGGGAGGGAACAAAAACUCAGUGAGUGCCGAACUCUUCAGAUAAAUAUGCCGCAACCUGUCAACGUGAAUAUAGAAUUUAAGGACAUCACUAUGGAAGUGUCUACGGGAUUUCUAAAAAAAAGUAAAAAAACGAUCCUCCGGAACGUGUCAGGUUUGUUCAAAACCGGCCAGCUCACUGCCAUCAUGGGUCCUUCGGGCGCGGGGAAAACCUCGCUCCUAAACGCUCUCACUGGGUUCUCGACAGAGGGCGUCAAAGGGGUCAUCCACGCAGGAGACAUGGUGUGCGAACUGGGCAAAAACAAGGACACCCAGAAAGAUUACCGCAAGCAGACCAGCUACAUCCUGCAGGACGAUAGGCUUAACCCACUGUUCACGGUCGCCGAGUUGAUGCAGUUUGCGGCUGACUUGAAACUGGGGAAUACAUUGACAACCAAGUUAAAGAAUACCGUUAUAAGGGAAGUGUUGGAGAACUUGGGGUUGACUGGAACCGAAAGCACGCGGUGCUGCAACCUGUCAGGUGGGCAGAGGAAGAGAGUCUCAAUAGCGGUAGAGCUCCUGGAUAACCCACCGGUGCUGUUCCUGGAUGAACCGACAACAGGACUGGACAGUAUGACGUCAGCGCAGUGCAUGGAAAUGCUGAAGAACUUGGCGCGAGCCGGCAGAACUGUGAUCUGCACCAUACACCAGCCCACGGCCUCUGUUUACAAUUUGUUCGAUCAAGUUUACAUCCUGGCCAACGGACUAAACAUUUACAAUGGGUCGAGCGCAGACACGGUUCCGUACCUUGCAUCAGUUGGUCUCCAGUGUCCCAUGUACCACAACCCUGCGGAUUAUGUAUUAGAAAUAGCAAACGGCGAGUACGGUAAUUUCAACGAGUUACUAGCAGCUAAAUGCAGUCGGAACUACGCCACUGAAAAGACAAUAGCUGUGAUCGCAGAAGAGCCCAAGUUCUCCUGCGGCAAAAUGGUGAUAGUCAUCAACAAGCCUCACGAGUUGUACAAGUUCAGUGUGCUGUUGCGACGGUGUGCUAUUCAACAGUAUAGAGAUUGGACGGUGACACAUCUCAAAGUAUUACUGCACCUAGUAAUAGGUGUCCUCCUAGGACUGCUGUUCGAGCGAGCCGGCAGCGACGCCUCGAAGACGUUCAGUAACCUCGGCUACCUCAUAGUCUCCACUGCCUACCUCACGUACACCUCGCUCAUGCCCGGUGUACUUAAAUUUCCAGAUGAGCUGCCAGUGCUAAAAAAAGAAAAUUUUAACAACUGGUACAAUCUCAAAACUUACUACGCUGCGAUACUCCUAACCAGUAUACCCUUACAGAUCUCAUAUAGUAUAAUAUAUUCCACUCCAUCGUACGUGCUAACGGGGCAGCCAAUAGAAAUGUCCCGUUUCGCCAUGUUUGUGCUGGUAUUGGCUAACGUCACACUCGUCGCAGACGCUAUUGGAAAUCUCAUCGGUUCCUGCGUCACUGCUGUUAAUGGCACAUUUUUAGGGGCAAUAACCACGUGCGCUAUGCUAGUCUUUGCCGGUUUUCUAGUGAUUCCAACGCAUAUGCACCCCGCGAUGCAAGUCAUCUCUUACAUUUCUUUCCUCAAGUACGCGUUUGAGGCUCUCGCACUCUCCGUCUAUGCUUACAAUCGCCCCCCACUGGCGUGUCCUGAUAAAAUCUUAUAUUGCCACCUGAGGAUAAAACUUCUCUUAAUUUCUCUGCUCUUCGUCAUAUUAAUUUCAACGGUAAACCUGAGCAGUGCAACAUAUUAUCAGAUAUUGGGUGUAUCCAAAACUGCCUCUACCCAAGAAAUACGUCAAGCAUACAAGAAACUAGCUGUGAAACUACACCCUGAUAAAAAUCCUAACGCAGCCGAACAAAAGAGGUUUCUAGAAAUCACAGAAGCGUACGAAACUCUCAAGGACCCUGAGAAGAGACACAAAUAUGACCUGUACGGCUCACAGCAGUCAUACACUAGGAAAUAUGACUACCAUUCUCAGAGGGAGUACAACAACUUGUACUAUAAUGGCCUUUAUCACGAUGACCCGUUUGUAGAAACAUUGUCUGGAGGGAGUUUUUAUGCGUUUUUGAGUGAGGGCUUACAUUUCGUAAACUUCUAUUCUCCAUUUUGCCCACCUUGCCAGAACUUGGCCGAUGGCUGGAAGAAGUUAGCUGAAACUUAUCAAGGAAUUAUUAAAGUGGGUGCUGUCAACUGCAAAUAUUAUAACUCAUUUUGCUACAACAAUAUGAGGAUUGGUAGCUAUCCAACGUUGUUAUUCUAUCCGAACGGUAAGAAAGGCAACUACAUUUACUACAACGGUGCACACACCAUGGAGGCCUUAGAAGAGUUCGUAAUGAAGUUUAUUAGAAGCAGAGUUCAUGUACCGACGGUUACUCAAGUGCUAAAAAACACGGACAAACCUGUUGUGUAUGUAGUGGAUGAGGACAGUUUUAACGACAUCUCCCUUACCCGACUGGCUUACCAUCUCAAUCAUCUAGCCACUGUAGUGAAGGCAAGCAACGUACGGGACGGACUUACAAAAGAUCCAGAAACCACCAUAGUGUUCAAACACAGAAACACUCAGAAGGAACUGACGAGCGUCGAUGAGAAAACCAUUCUGAAGGAAAUCGUGGAUUUGCUACCGAAAGUAGAGAGAAUCAGCUUCGAAAAUUUAAAGAAGAUCAGAAACAACCUCAGGAAUGGAGAAGAAACUCCAUGGGUCUUGUUCUUCUCUAAGAAAGGCGUAGAUAAACUUUUAUUACAUCAAUUGGUGAUGACUAUGCCUGAAAUGAAUUUUGGUGAAGUCGACUGUGAGGAAGACGAGGAGCUAUGCGCGUCUCUGCAGGUGGAGGAAGCGCCCACGUGGGCGGUGCUCAAAGUGGGCGGGGCUUACCAGCGCUUAUUUGCCGCGCCCACGAAACACUUGCUAAGACAAGCCGCCCAGGCGCGAGCCUUGCAUACACUGUCCGCGUCUGAACUACAGAAGAUAUUGGACGGAGAGAUGUCGUCGUGGGUAUUAUUAGUGGCACCGUACCAGGUGUCGUGGGACCAUCUGCUUGGCACAUUCACUGAACUGUGCUUAGAACUGGCUGAUACUGGAAUUAGUUUUGGCAUAAUGUCAUGUAGCCUCACAACGGAUGAAUAUUGUCGCCUGGUUGCUCGCAACCAGCCUGUGGUUUUGCUGCAGAACGGAACAAACAGACACACAUAUAACGGACACGUCAGCAAGGAUGAGAUGCUGGAGUUUAUACAACUUAUACGCGAGAGUUCUGAGCUUGAAAUAACGGAAGAGCGUGCGUUGGAAAUCAUGGACGUGUCGAAUCGCGAGCACGUAUGGCUCGUAGCGUACUUGCCCGGGACAUGCGGCCGCUUCUGCGACGAACUCCGACAUGAGUUCAGGCUUAUCGCUAAGAGGCUCCGACCGCUAGAUUCAAUACGCGUAGGCGUUUUGUCGUGCCCAAAGCAGGCAGGUGGGUUUUGUAGCAACAUACGCAAGCCCACUGCGCGCCUCUAUCUGGUUGACUCCAAGCCGUUCUUUACUACAAACUUGGAGCAACUAUCGCAAGCUCCAUACAUCAUGGAGUGGGCUCUGAGCUUUAUUGACGACACAGUCCGACUGAACUGGCAGACUUUCACUAGUACUGUCAUCGCCGAAGAAUUAAACCCAAGCAGGAACAAGAAACCCUGGCUUGUGUACUUCCACUCACCAAGAUGUUACCAUUGCUAUGAGAGAUAUCCAGAUUUCGCUAUCCUUGCUAUUAAUCUAAGGAAAAACAUGAACUUCGGCAAAGUGAACUGCCUCACCGACCGCAGUCUCUGCCAACACGAGCACAUCACUAGCUACCCGUCACUUCGACUGUACCUCAGUCGAAACCGGCACAGCACUAGCAGAGUCAUAGCUUUGCAGCCGAAAGAGUAUACAUCACUAUUGCAAGACAUAAGGCCUCAUUUGAUGAAAUACGAUGAUCACUUACUAGAAAGUAUAAAUAAUAUUGAGAUCAAAAGUCAUGUGCGGUUUAGGGAUGAGCUGUAAAUAGGGAUGAUGACUGCUAGUCAAAUCAGCGACUUUUUAUCAAACGUAAACGCUCGCUUAUGGGCAACUUGAAUGAAAUACAUAGAUGAGACAUCAUAAACAUUUGAGGUAAUUUAACUUAUUUUUUCAAUUGAAUCGAUAAUUUAAAAUGGUUGGCAAACUUAAAACAAACAGCGGACGUGGAUCUUGAAAGAAUCUCUAAUAACUCCUAGGACUUCGUCUGUGUUGGUGUUAGCUGAGUGUAUUUUUUUGUUAAA